ACUUCUUCUCCUCCAGCGCAGUUGUUGUGGUAGUUCUAGUUAAUAAUGGCGGCAGCGGGAGGUGGGUUGCCAGCCUCUGCCUUGCUUACUGGCGUUAACACUUCAAACACAGUUCGAUGUCGCUUUCCAGCUCGGCCGUGCACAUCCCGCAAUCAAGCGCGAUCAGAAAAACGUUAUCGAAUCGGUCGGCAGGGUUCUGAAAAUGGAGAGAGCCUCUCAAAGGGCCCGAGGCCCGUCAACAUUGGACUUACGUUGCAAGAGGACCCGUCACUAUUGCGCUUACUUCGGAUUGCAGAGAAGCACAAGCGCAAGAGAGAGGCGGGUUUCGACUCAAGCGGGGGUGAAGAGGAGGACUCUUUCGUGGGCUUUGGGGUGAACAGCGGCAGAUCUCUACGCUCCUCCCGCAGUCAAUCACAGAGCACUCCUUUGAAGUCUGUAUCAUCGCCAGAAGAGAAGCCCCCUCCGGCUCCGGACCUGAAAAAGGAAAAGGAUGCCACCGCCCCCUCCACCACCUCCUCCUCUGCCUCCUCUUCCACCCCUACCCCACCGCAGAGCCCGCCGCUCUCUGAAAUCAAGCCCCUCUACGGAAAGAUUGUCAAGAGGGGUGAGAAGAAGAUCCGAAAAUUCGACCCCUCUGAUGCGUCAACGUACACUAGUGCCACAACCAAGCCAAAGCUGGUCGUGAAGUUUGGCAUCAAGAAGACCACGAAGGAUGUCUCUCUACCAAAAAGCUCGAAGGCAGAGCAAGCCGCUAAGUCCUCAGCCAAAGCCAUAAGAAAAGAUGAUGACGUAGAAGAAGCGAGUUCGGAUGAAAGCCAUGCCAAAAAGCAGCAGAGCACUAGCAAAGGCAUCAAAGUGAAGUCCCCAUCACCAAGUGAAGAAGGCACAUCGCAGAAGAAGAGCAAAGUGGUGUGGACCAUGACGACGGUGAAGGGUCAGCAGGGAAAAAAUGCUUCAGCAGGAGCAUCUGCCAAGGGGGUUUCUACCUCUGACGGCGGCAAAGGCGCGAGCCCCAUGCUCGGCAAAUUCGUCAAGAGAAGCCGUCCGCCCACUCAGGAGGAAGGGUCCGACAACCUCUCAUCGUCAGCCGAGCCCAGUCCUGGACAGAGGAGGAACCCCAGUCAAAUGCUCUGGAUACCACAGAAGCGCAGGACGAACACUGGGGUGGCCAGCAGCUCAGCGACGGCCGUGUCCCCCAAGGCGGUGGGGAAGCAGAGGAGGGUGUCAAAGGGAGCGGAGGGCUCGCCGGAGGAGGGCGCAGAGGCUGGGCGAGAGAGCGGUCACGAACCGUCGGACCAGCCGUCGGGGGACCACCAGCGAGGUGCGGGGGCGCACCUUAAAAUGAAGAGGCGGAGGAGGUCAGGCGUUGACGAUGAAGACCAGCACGGAAGACAGCGACACGCACACAAAGAAAUAUCGCAGGAACAACAACCAGAGUUGGGCGAGCAGGGCCUGACUCCUGUGGAAGAAGGCACGUCGUCGACAGUCACGCCCGUAGUCUCCGGGCGCUCCUCCAGGGUCAUCAAGACGCCCAAGAGGUUUCUGGACGACGAUCGCAUGUCCCAUCUUCUGCCCAAGAGCCCACAGAAGAAGAACAACGGCCUCGGCUCGUCGUCUCAGGAGACUGACGCAGAGGGGAGGCCGCUGCCUCUGAAGUCAUCAAGCGGGCACAGGAGGAGAGGUGCUCAAGACCUCCAGCCGGAGGUAGACAUGGAAAGCUCCGAUGGCGGCAACCGCCUCACUGGAUUCCAGGAAGACCGCUCUACCUCAGAAACCGCAGUAGCAGCAGUAAUGCCAGCACCACCACCGGUGGUGGCGCCGCCGGCAGUGCCACGGUUGAAAAUCUUUCUGCCCCCCGGUCAAGUCCUUGGUUCUGGCUCCGGCAAGUUCUAUGAGCGACUGAAGAAACUGACGUCCACCCUGGCCCAGAAGAAGGUGCAGACCACGCUGGCCGGAGCAGCAGAGAACUGGCAGCAGGAUGCACCAGACAGUAGCAUGGUGAAGAAAGGGAAGGAGGAGGAGGUGGAGGAGGCUGAGCCUGCUGGGCCGGUGAGGAAGAAAAGACGCUCCAAGCUGACCAUGGAGGACCUGCAGUCCCCCGGGGUGGUCAGAAAGUUAGCCGUGCACCUCAACGCCGCAGGGGCCAUUCCUGGAGCGGAGGGGGUGAAAGUAGAAAGUGAAGGAGCGUUGAAAGUGGAGGAGGGCAUGAGUGUGAAUGUGCGGGACCUGGGAGAGCGGGUGCUGGUGGAGCAGGAGGGGUCCACCCACCGCAUCUCCAGCUCCAACAAGAGGAUGUUCCACCUGCUGAAGAGGGCCAAGGUGCAGCUCAUCAAGAUUGACCAGCAAAAGCAGCUCAAGUCAAGCCAGUUGCUGAGUGGUUCCGUCCACCUGGGAGAAACGGCAGAGACGGGGGUGAAGCGGAGGAGGAGAAGGAUAGUCAGAGGCCGCAGAGGAGAAGCUCCCAGGCAGCAGCAGCUCUUGGGUGGGCCCCGCAUCAAGCACGUGUGCCGAGCAGCAGCCGUGGCCUUGGGCCAGCCCCGCGCCAUGGUGCCCGACGACAUCCCACGCCUCAGCGCCCUGCCCAUGCACGAGCGUGAGGGCAUCGCCCCGUCGCCCACUGAGGAAGCUGUGGCCGAUGUGGUGUCGGACCCCGACAGCACAUCCGACUCAGAGCGUCCCACCUCUUCCUCCUCCUCUUCCAAGAAACACAAACAGAAGACCAUGCCCAAAAGGCACUUCGGGCCCUCUGGGGUCCGAUCUGUCCGCUGCCAUAACUGCAGUGGAUGCACAACCAUUGUGGACUGUGGCACCUGCGUCCACUGCCUGGACAAGCCCAAGUUCGGCGGCCCCAACACCAAGAGACAGUGCUGCAUCCACCGGAUCUGUAGCCGCAUCGCACUGAAGAAGCCUAGUAAUUGGGGCAAGGGCCAAGGCACAGGGAUUCGCAAUCGCAAAGUCCAGGUGCGCCGUGGCGGGCGAUCCUCGGCCAGCAGAAACGGCUCCAGCGCGGAGGACGAGGCAGGGGCCGAGGAGGCGGCCGAGGAAGAGGUGGAGGGAGAGGCCGAGGCGGAGGCAUCGAGAUCGGCGGGCGAGGCUCGUUCUUCGCGGAGGGCACGCCACCAUGACCUCAGUAGUCCCUCCCCCUCCCGGAAGCAACCCCGCCGACAGGUCACACCCCGUAGCUACCGAGACCUGCUUCGCUUCGAGUCGGACUCAGAUGAAGCCAGCGGUGCCGAGGCCGAUGGAGGUGGUGGACGUGAGCCUGCCCCUGAGCCCAAGAAGACGCCCCAGAGCCACGAGGCCGUGGCCAGCUCUGCUGCGGCAGAGGACAUCAGCCGAGGUAGCGAGCCCAUCACCAUCAGACCCAGGAGGCUGCCAUUUGGUGGAAGACCCGGCCGCCGGCGAUUUGACAAGCAGGACACCCCUCCCCGGGAGCCUCCUUCACCUGCUCCUCUUCCUCCUCCCUCCCCUUCCUCCUCCACCUCCUCCGUCCCUGGCAGCCCGUCCCUGAAGCUGAAGCUGCGCCUUCAGCUGCGGCUCGAGCGCUUGCCCCCCAGUGUGGUGGAGGCGGCUGGGGGGCAGCUGACGCCACAGAAACAGCCCCAGCCCCAGUUAGCCCCACCACCUUCCCAUCCUCACCCUCCUUCUCCUCCCGGUCCUCCCCCCACCAUCACCACCACCUCCACCACACCACGGCUGCAGCCACAGCAAGUGGACCCCGAAGGCGCCUUGCGGAUGGAGGAAGAGGAAGCGGCUAGCGCUGCAGGUAGCAGCAGCAACAGCAGCCCAGCGGCCGCCUCAGCUCCAGCUCACACCCCCUGUCUUGCUCCUCCUUCCCCCCAGAGCCUGGUACCGGCUGCCCAUCAUGCCCCCAGCACGCUGGCAGCGCUGGCCCACCGCUUCGCCCCGCGAGAGCUGCCCGGCCAACGGCAGGCCGCGCUCAUCAAGCACCGGAUACGCAUCGACUUCAAGGAGGACUGCAGUGUCCAGAACGUGUGGCUGAUGGGAGGCCUGAGUGUGCUAACGUCAGUCCCCAUCUCCCCAGACAGCGUCUGCCUGCUCUGCGCCAGCAAAGGGACACAUGAGAUGGUGUACUGCCUGGUGUGCUGCGAGCCCUUCCACAGCUUCUGCCUGCGGGAGGAGGAAAGGCCCACGCCAGACAACAAGGAGAACUGGUGCUGCCGGCGCUGCAAACACUGCCACGUCUGCGGACGCAAGAACAAACACUCCAAGCCAGUGUUGCAGUGCCGGAGAUGCCUCUACUGCUACCACCCGUCCUGCCUGGGCCCCACCUACCCCAAGCCACUCAAGUGCAACCUGCCCUGGGUGUGCAUGAAGUGCAUCAGGUGCAAGAGCUGUGGCAUGACGCCGGGCAAAUCGUGGGACAUGGCCUGGAACCACCAGCGGGACCUCUGUCCAGACUGCAGCAUCCUUCAUAAGCUCGGAAACUUCUGCCCCGUGUGCCAGGGCUGCUAUGAAGAGAACGGCACCAAGAAGCUCAUGCUGAAGUGUGCCCUCUGUAGCCACUGGGUACACAGCAAGUGUGAGGAGAUCUCAGAUGAGGAGUGUGAUCGUAUGAAGAAGCGUGGUGCGGGGGGUUUCGUCUGCACGCCGUGUGGCCUGGGCAGCUGGAGGCUGGAGCUGAGGGAGGAGCUGACCACCGGCCUGCAAACCGUCCUGGCUGCUCUGCUCGACUCCCCACUCACGCAAGACAUCCUCAACUGUCAACAGUGCGAGGCCUUGGAUGACGAUGCGUUAGCUGAGCAUGCGGCUGAGUGUGACCUGAUUGCCAUUGGCAGGAGGUUGGAGGAGGGGGGCUACACUACCGCGAGAGACUUCAGUGAGGAUGUCGCUACGGUGAUGAGAAGGAAACUGAAAGCAGAGAACCAGAGCCCCACAGACGAGCUCAAGUCUUUUUAUAUGCAGCUGAUGAAGGAGGCCUUUAGCUGGCUCAAUGGGGGUCACAUGAAGACGUGGGAGCCUCUCGCUGAGGAGUUCCCCAGUGGUAUGCUCCCAGAAGCGGUUCUCCCUCCCUCAGCCGAGCACAGCUACGCCCAAUGGCUGGAGAGAGACCUCUUUGGAACCAAAGGAGUCAGUGGUAGCCUUAGUAAUGGCCAAACGAACGGUCUCAAAGACGUCCGCUUCUGCUCCCUCUGCCAGCAGCAAGGGGAUGAAGCAUCUAACGCGGCUGGCAGGCUGCUGUAUCUGGGCCAGAAUGAGUGGGCCCAUGUUAACUGCUGCAUCUGGUCGGCGGAGGUGCAGGAGGACGGUGGGGCCCUCUUGCAUGUACACGCCGCCGUGACCAGGGGACGCCACAUGCGUUGUGAGCACUGUGGCCUGACGGGGGCGACGGUGGGCUGCUGCCUGACGUCCUGCCAGAGCAACUACCACUUCAUGUGCGCGCGCACCUGCGACUGUGUCUUCCAGGAGGACCGAAGGGUCUACUGCCACAAACACAGAGAUCUACUCAGUGGCCAGGAGGUGUCUGGCGAAGGCUUUGAGGUACUGAGGCGCAUCUAUGUGAAUUUCGAGGGGUUGGGCCUCCGCAGGAAGUUCCUCACGGGUCUGGAGCCAGAGGUCAUCAACAUGAUGAUAGGUUCGCUUCAAAUUCAUCACUUGGGGGUGUUGACAGAGGUGUCUGCUAACUCAGGAAAGCUGUUCCCUGUGGGCUACAAGUGUUCCCGUUGGUACUGGAGCACGGUGAACCCCCACCGACGCUGCAGGUACACCUGCCAGGUGAGGGAGGUGCACCCCAUGCAUCAGGAGCUCGGCAAGGCCGGCAGCCACGGGCAGGGCAGCAACCAGACCAUUGCUCACAGCCCGGCACAGCCACACCAUAAGGCCAUGGGAACAGACGUUGGCAAAGUUCUACAACCCAUGGAGAAUUCCACUGACAUUUUGUCGCCACAAGCCAAACACAAUGCUGGAUCCAAAACGCCACGCGUCUCGCACACAAGGCGGCCAGUGGGCGGCCUAUCCAGACCCCUGCCUUCCCCUGGUAAUGGCGGCAGCAAAUCUCACCACAUCCUUACCAUCAGUGAUCUGGAGGACGGCAGACGCCCCCGCCGCCUCAACUGCCCCGUCCGAGGGCGCAACGCCUCGCCGCCCCAAGCCGACGGCAGCUCACUCCUCCCCAGGUCUCUUCCCUUUGGCUCCCCAAACCGACAACCCAACUCCUCCUCCUCCUCCUCACUUCCCAGGUCUCCCAGCACCUCAGGUCUCUCGCCACCUUACAAUGUCGACACAGUCAACAGCCACUGCUCGCCAACCACAGAUCCUGUGUCUUUUCAAAGACAUCUGUCAGAAUUGGAUGAGAUAAGUAGAGAUUUUACUGCUCUGUCGGACACAGAGGAGGCUGCUCUGAUGCCCAUCAAUGGGCUAGAGGCAGGGCCAGUAGCCGAUGGUGACAAUGGCAAUGACGACCAGGCUGUGCUCUUGGUUACAGAUGAGCUAACUGCUGAUGUAACCGCUGCUGCUGAAGGGGAAACGGUGGACCUCGUUACGGCCCAGGGCACCGUGCCUUAUGGACAAUUUGACAUGGAGGACACGGACGAGGCAGUGGCCUCGAUGCUGAGCAGUAACUUCGAUGAAGCCCUGUUGCAGGAGAACAUGGUGCUGCAGUACAGGGCCCACACGCAGGUGGACGAGGGCACGAGGGAAGGGGCAGUAACUGAGGACGGGCAGGACGAGGACGUGGACGUGGACGUUCUUAAGAGCGCCCAACACAAGGCAGAACCCUCCUCUGUCGUUGUAGACUCGCAGUGUCACUUUGCAACCUCCAAAGAGCCGACGUCGCCUUCAGGACAGAGGCCAGCCGACAAUGACUCCUCGGAUGACGAUAUGGAUCAUUACUUGAAUUUCUCGAGAACAGUGGUGAUUGCUGAGGCUGGCGAGAACUCCAUGGCGGUGGAGGCUGCGCAAGCAGGCGUGAACGGCCUACCUGUCUCACGAACCAUCUCGCAGCUAGACGGUGCCGACAACGAGUCUGAGAGCGACUCGGGGGAGCUGACCGGAGAGGAUGAUUCUCAGGAACUGGACUCUGAGCCGUCGUCAGAAUCUAGUGGCAGCAGUGUCGAGCUCGUAAGUACAACGGCGGCGCCCGAGCACGGUCAUUUGAAAGCGUCCGGUGUGGCGUCUGGAUCGAAGACCUUAGCAGUAGAGUCCCAGGAUUGUCUCAUCAUGGAUCCCGACACUGGCCAGUUUGUGUCUGGUGAUACGGCAGGAAGGAGUAACUACGAAAUGGAUGAUGAAAGUGAUGGGUCUUCAGAGGACUCUUUAGAUGUAGAUGAGGAGUUGCUGGUUCCGCCCCCGGUGCCUCAACAGGUGGCCAGCAAGGCGUUGAAUAAACCCAGACCUUUUAGCAACCCCAGAGUACGACUCCUUGACCCAGAACCCUUCACAACACUGAAUGCGUCAAUGACUACUACUCCUCUCUUUCAGCAGGGGAUGGUUAGGAUGGGUCGGCCUAGGAAGGGUGACCCGCAUGACUACACCACUACCUCACCCGCCGGUAGGUCUCGGACUCGAACAACCACCACCCCACCUUCUGGGGGCAGGUCUCGGGGACCUGGUAGGUCCCGUACAGUCACCACCUCACCUGGCGUGGGGAGAUCUCGAGGUCGUGGCAGGGCUCGUAGGACUACCAGAUCACCUGGUGUGGGUAGGUCUCGAGGUCGGGGCAAAGCUCGUAUGAUCACCAGCCCACCUGGCGUGGGGAGAUCUCGAGGUCGUGGCAGGGCACGUGCGAUCACCACCCCACCUUUUGCCCUGGAUGGAUCCCAUUCUCUUUCAAUUACUACCACCCCACCCCCAACUUCUGCCCAUAGCAGGGCUCGGACUAGCCCUCAACCUUGUGAGAUCACCAGCCCACCUGGCGUGGGGAGAUCUCGAGGUCGUGGCAGAGGACGUGCGGUCAUCAACCCACCUGUAACCCUGGACGGAUCCCAAUCUCUUUCAAUCGCUACCUCCCCACCCCCAAGUUCGGCCCCUAGCAGGGCUCGGACUAGCCCUCAACCUUGUGAGAUCACCACCACCGCCACCCCCGCACCCCUACCCCAACCUGCCUCUGUGGAUAUGUCUAAGACUCCUGCCCAGCCUCGUGCCAUCACCAUCACGCCACCACCCCCUGUGCCUGACUAUUCGAAAAAUUCCGGUACCCCUGUACAGCCUCCUCGUACUACCAUCAAUGUCACCCCGCAACCGCAGCCCCCUCCUGCUGCCCCCAGCAAAUCUGCUAGCCAUGCUGCCCUGCCUAAUUCAAUUGCCCUCCCCUCAGUUUCCCCAGCCCCGCCUGCCUCAGUUGUAAAAUCUGUUACCCCUGCCCCUCCUCGCACUGCUGUUGUGUCCGUGUCUGCACCCCCGCCAUCACCAUCAGCCUCCUCACCAGCUUUCCGCGCCGUGCCCCUUAAAGACCCAGUCACGGCCGCCCCAAUAGUAAUCAACGGAUUCGGCUCCAAGGCGCCGCAGAACGACACGCCCAAGGGAAAGCCGAUCGUCAUUCGCCUGAAGAACCCAGACAAGCUCACAGAGCAACAGGGAGCCGUUGCGACCUCCACCCCGCCUAAGCCUCCUCAGAUUCUCCUGGUGAACCGCUUUGGUCAGAUUCUGAUGAAGGACCCUCAGAGCAACACCUACCAGAGCCCCAGCACCACGUCGCCCUCGCUGAACAACAUCAGCCAGAUUGCAAAGCUCAUCCACAACACGCAAGCCGCUCUGCCACGGCAGGUGCCAAAGGUCACGGUCACCCCGGUUUCAGUUUCAGCACCUGCUACGGUGGCAGUGGCGCCCUCAAACCAGCCACGCGUCACCGCGCACAUCAUCUCUUACACCCGGCCUGCUCCCUUGCCAGUGCCACCUGCCAACAAAGUUCUGGUGCGCAGAGUAACCUUGCCUUCCGGUCAAACAAAGCCCCUGCUACAGCAGCAGAACACUGCAGGCAGGCAGCUUCUCCCCACCACCACCACCAUCACAGCAGGCAGGCAGCUUGCCACCACCACCACCAUCACUGCAGGCAGGCAGCUUGCCCCCAACACCAUCACUGCAGGCAGGCAGCUUGCCACCACCAUCACUGCAGGCAGGCAGCUUCCCCCCACCACCACUGUCGUGCGACUCGACAGUGCACCACAGCACGCAUCGGCCCAGUCCAUCAUCGAUCAAGCCAUGGCCAGCCACUGGACCGGGCAAGGGAAGCUCCCGGUCCCAGUUCCGAUACCGAUAGCGGUCCAUAGAUCCCCGAAACUCAGCCCGUCCCAGUUCACCGUGCACCCUUUCCUGAACAAACUGGAGUCUCCGCAGCUCAUCGGCCCUUCCCCGUCAACACUGGCAGCGAUGGCGCCAGUACAACCAACGGUGCCGGUGCCACACCGAACCAGGCCUGCCAUCCUGAGGCGACCGACAACGUCCCAGGUGCGGGUGAAGAGGGUGUCCUCCGUGGCGGAGCGCCUAGGAGUGAAGAAAUGCCGCACAGACUUCCUGCCCCAAACGCCGUCUGCCACGCCAGCCUCAGCACUCGCCAUGGACGAUCCCACAAGGUCUAUUCGAGUUCGCAUGAAAGCCCCAUCGGCGAGGGACAUCCUGGACCUUGAUCAGCUGACCUCUGCUGGUGCCGAGCAGCCAAGACCCGAGAUCUCAAGGCCAAUCGUCUCAAAGCAAGUUGCCUCCAAAUCUGACCUCCCCAAACCUGAAGGCACCAAACAUGAAACCCCCAAAUCUGAAGCCUUCACACCUGAAAUCCCCAAACCUGAUGUUCCCAAAUCUGACGCCCUCAAAUCUGACGCCCCCAAACCUGCAGCCCCCAAACCUGCUAUCCACAGACCUCCCAUAACCAAACAAGGCGAUGGCAAAAAGGAGACGACUAAAGAGGGCCGAGCAGCUUCCAAAGGUGGUCUUCCAACCAAGGCCCAUGUUUGGGUGAGCGCUCGAGACGGAGAGCUGUCUGACUGGGGUCCAUACUCGGGGCUCAGUUCAGACGAGGAGUCGGAACCACACAAGCGGCCAGCAGUGGAGUCGCCCAGGAAAGACAAGCCCCGCCUCAGCUUCCUCAUCACCAGUGAUGACGGCUUCAGAGUGGAGGCCGACAGCAUCGAGGUGGCGUGGCAGGCUGUGCUUGAUGGCGUGCAGGAGGCGCGUAUUGGCUGUGGGAUGCAGCAGCUGCCUGCCAGCGCACUGAGUGGGGUGCAGCUGCUGGGCGUGGUGCACAGCGCCGUGCUGUACCUGCUGGAGCAGCUAGGGGGCGCCGGCAAGUGCCACGCGCACCGAUUCCGUUUCCACCACCACGAGAAGCUGGAAGAAGAGAAGGAGCUGCCCCUCAACCCCAGCGGCUGCGCCAGGGCAGAGGCCUACCAGCGAAAGUCCACGUUCGACAUGUUUGACUUCCUGGCAUCGAAGCACCGGAAGCUGCCGGAGACAACGGUCUGCGAUGACGAGGACGACGACCUGCCUCUCAAAUCCACCAGGCGUGCCACCAACAGCGAGCUGCCCGCAGCCAUGAGGUUCAGGCACCUGAAGAGGACGUCCAAGGAGGCCGUGGGAGUCUACAGGUCUCCCAUCCAUGGCCGCGGCCUCUUCGGCAAGAGGAACAUUGAAGCUGGAGAGAUGCUGAUCGAGUAUGCUGGCAACGUCAUCCGCGCCGUUCUGACAGACAAGCGGGAAAAACACUACGACAGGAAGGGUAUCGGCUGUUACAUGUUCCGCAUCGAUGACUUCGACGUGGUGGACGCCACCAUGCACGGCAACGCGGCGCGCUUCAUCAACCACUCGUGCGAGCCCAACUGCUACUCGCGUGUCAUCAACGUGGACGGCCAGAAGCACAUAGUCAUCUUCGCCCUGCGCAAGAUCUACCGCGGUGAGGAGCUCACCUACGACUACAAGUUCCCGAAGGAGGACGCCAACAGCAAGCUGCACUGCAACUGCGGCGCGCGGCGCUGCCGACGCUUCCUCAACUGAGACAAAGAGACGCGAGCUUGAACAAGACCAGAGAUGGGCAGUGAACUGCCUCUGUUAAAGUGUUUGGGUUGUGUGCUAAGCUAAAUUCCAACUGUGCUGUGCGCCGCUGCUGCCACGUCCCGAGCUAAAAGAAAGAAGCGCAAGCUUGACCGGGACGACAGAGAGGGGGUGUGGAUGAGGGGGGUGAGGGGCCGGUGAUGGAGGAGAGUUUUGAAGUGGCUAGUUGCGUUCUAUUGGUCCGCUGAUUCGAGGUGAGGGCUGCUGGAGGCCACUGGGCGGUGUCAUUACAGCAACUGUAUCACACUCGCAUGCUCGCACUCGGUGCUGCUGUCGCUUCCUGAAUGGAGCCAUAAAGGAGCCUGACCAAGAUUGGGAUUGUGUGGAUGACGGGUGAGUAGGGGUUGUGGAGCGGUGUUUAGGGUGGUGACUUGAGCUGCUGCUGCUAGCCGUUGGGCACGGUGUGGGGGGUAGGCAACACUACACUCCUAAGGAGUAGCAUGAUUUUACUGCGGCAUAUGAAGCCCACAGAAGAUGAUGUGAACUAGUCUGAAAAGGUCUGGCUGACUGUGUUUAAAGCGGCGCGUUCUCAACUGGAGAGGGUGGUGUCUUUUGGCCUGUCUCACCCUUUGCUACUCACCCAUGUUGGUGUGCUGAUGUUGGAAGGAGAUUAUGAUGAAUUGAAUGAGGAUGUGGAUGAAUGCAUGGACGAAUGAAUGAAUGAAUGCAUGUGGAUGAAUGAAUGAGGAUGUGGAUGAAUGCCUUGUAUUGAACCAGCCACUCACCAGCCAGACCCUUUCACACAAACCUACUGGUUGAAGUGAUGAAGUCAUAUUAGGCUUGACCACUUAACAGCCUCCAAACAGCAUCGUCCUGUCGGCGAUGACCUCAGAAUGUUUUUUUUUGUUUUGUUUUUUUGGUGAUGUGCUUAUUAUCCACCUAUCCCAGGCACCAAAGCCAUGGGAUCCAACAUGGCUUACUACUGUACAUGUGCUGGAAUGAUAUGAGCCAUUCAUGCUUGUGUUCUUGCCAUAACCUCUUGCUCUUAUUUGCUGCAGUGCCACCCUGUGGACACUGGUGGUAAAGCGUCGAUCCAGAGACAUCUCCCAUCCUUUGUAAGGGGAGGCUCAUGAAGUCUGUAGGUUUUUGCUUGUUCGAAAAAGCCAGGAGGCGCUUCAUUGAUCUAACACUUUACAGACUUGCAACUUGACUACACACAAAAAGAACAGACUCCGCAUACCCUCAUAAACAUUGGGGCACCCUAGGAUAAUUUUUUCUACAGCCGAAUUCUGGAGAUACAGGAACCUGCUUUUCUACUGAAGACACUGCUGAUUCCGCUCGCGUUAUUUCCCAUAGGUUCUUCUUGAGAAGCCCCAGUGUUGUUUUCCUCCCACCUGUCAAAAUAAACCCAGUUCAAUGUCAGUGACUGUAAUGGCCCCACUGAAGGAUGAAGAGCCUUUUCCCCCUCCUCUUUACUCUCUCUUCCUACCCAUUCAGACUCUUUCAGCCAGGCUUCCUCAAAAUUAUUUUAUGAUGUUCUUUCCAUGUUUGUUGGUGUAUGUUCGUUACAGGCAGACAAGUAGGGAAUCUUUUAAGUGUUACAGAUAUAUAACAUCCUCAGAACAGCCCAGGUUUUUCAACAUCAACAUCAGGGGGCUUUCUCCAUCUAUGGUCGGUCACAUAGCAAAGCUUAAAAUAAAAUAAAAAGCUUAAGUAACGCCAAAAGCAAGCAUCAGGCUAAAGCAAAGGAAGAACUAUCAGUGGAAGCCUUGUCAUCCUGACUUCCAGAGAUGAUGUUGCUGAUGCUGUGCAUCAGGUACCAAGAAAUCAGCAAAUGUCCAUCAAACAUACACCAAGUGUGACAGAGGCCUGUGGUGGGGGUGGUCCUCAGGCUGUUAUUCUGGAUUAGUCUGUACAGCAAUGCAUUAUGGACUGGUAAAUGGUGACAUUUCCGUGGACCAGACUUCACUAUACCUCCCUGGCCCAUGUGGUACUGAUGUUUAGACAAUAAUUGUCCGAAAAAACUACCAUCACCAUUUUGUAAUUCACAAUGCAUGGCUGCUGAAAGCUAGCUCCUACCCAGCCCUUUAAGUAAGGCGGUUAAAACAUGUUGGAAUUGGUCACCCCGUUUUUGGUUGUCCUGAACUGGUGUACUUACUACUUGGUCAGGUUAGAAUUGUGUACAGGUGUGCAUACAUAGGUUUUUGAAUUUUAAGGGAUAUUGAACAUAACUUACUUGCUGUUCCAGCACAAAUUUGAAAAAUUGUCUGUAUAUACUUGUCUACAAGGAUUUCCUAACUUGUUCGAGUUUUUUACGCACUUUUUUAAUUUAUGAUGCUAUGGUCUAAAAUAAAGAUGUUAAAUGAUGUUUGA